CUGGCGGAGGAGGGGCAGGCCAGCAAGGAAGCCAGGAAGGCCCUCCGUCGGGAGCUGCAGGACGCGCGGAAGCGGCUGCUGGGCUCACAGCGGCUGGUGGCCCGACUCACAGCAGCAGCGGCAGCGGCAGCAGAUGUGUCAGGCGGCGGAGCAACAGGAGCAGCAGAAACAGGAGAAGGGGCGGGAGCCGGAGCCGGAGGGGUAGGAACAGGGCCAGGAGGUGUUGCUCCUGCUGUUGUCGUCUCCCCGCUAGCCGGAGUACGGCACUACCUGGCAUCGUACGGCAGUGUCCUGGAGGAAUGGUGCUCGCUGCCGG